AUGGCAUCCAGCCUGAAAAGGAGACUCAGCAUUUCGGAAGGUCCAUCCGGCGUGGCCGGCGACAUGCUCGGCCCAGGUGAACUUCACCGGCGUGAAUCUCUCGGGUCACCCAAACGCCUGCGGUUGUCCUUUUCCCAGCAGCAGCGCGAGCAGGAGCAGCAGGAGCAGCAGCAGCAGCGCCCCAUGGACUUCGAUGGCGAGCGCAGCUCGUCUUUUCUUCGGAGCAGCCAGCCGCCCCAGCCCUCGGCCGGAGGCUCCUCGCUAGCCAAGUCCACUGAUGCCUCCCAAGCCAGCGCCAGCGCCAGCGCCAGCGCCGAGGACAACCUCGUGGACUCGCUCUCGCAGGAAUCCGACCAGCUCAUCCAGGAGAUCCGGUCGGUCCUGGCCGGUAUCCAGGCAUCCUUCGACCACUGGGUGAUGGACGUGGUAAAUGGCGAUGCGGCGGCCGAAGCCCGGCAUCUGGAUAUUGUAUCGGCUCGACACGCCGAGAUCGAGUCGAUUGGCAGCCUCUCCGAGCAGCAAAGCCAGCAACUUGAGGUGUACAACCGAGCCAUCCACCAGACCGAGGGCCUGGGCGAGCGACUAGCCGAGCUGGAGGCUUCGCGCGCAGCCACCACCGAGCGCCUUGGGCGACUUGAAGCCCAGGUGCAGGAGCUCCAACGCGCCAUCGCCCAGGAAGAGCAGGAUCUUGAGGCCAUUCGGGCAGCCCAGCGCCGGAAAGAAGCCCGUGCCGGGGCGCUACUCGACCGGUUUUCUCAGUUUCUCGGGCUGCGCAUCCACAAAAGCCGAUCGACCUUCUCCUUCAUAUUCUCCAACAUCGAUGAGCUGGAUCCCAAUCGGGAGUUUGUUGUGACACUCGCCCUGAACAAGGGCAACUCACUCAAUGGUGCGCCCGGUCGCCUCAUCUCCCCGCAUAUGCCCCCCCGCCCCCCUCCCGUACCCCGGCUGUGCCUGCUCGGUCCUGGAGUGCACGCCCCGGCUGCCGGGGCUCGAGCCCAUCAUGGCCCAGCUCCGCAAGGACCGGUCGCUGCAUGCAUUCCUCCUGCGUGUGCGGCGGGAGUUCCGCGGGUUGGCGGGGCCACGUGCAUGA